AUGAUCAAAGAAAAGGCAUCAAGUGGAAUAAAUAGCUUCGAAAUGGCGUGUACAGUUGCUCAGCUAGUUUUUAAAGAAAUGAAACUUACUAAAGAUAACAAAAUAGAUCGAGAUUUAUACAUGAAAAUGAUUGAUUCUAAAAUUCCUAAUGAAGUGAAUUUUUGGAAACAGCCCUUGAAGAAUGGCUUUGACCAAUGCCAACAAAGAUUCCUAUCUGACAUUACCAAAAUUACGGAACUGUUUUCAAAUCAUCCUUUUAAUAUUAAAAAAGAAAUUUGUGAUACGCAAUAUUUGGUCAUGCUCAUGUGCCUCCAUCUCGACUCUUUUGUUAACUGUCCUGCUCAAACUUGGAAAGUAUCUGGUGAUGAAUUUACUCACAAAGCAUGUGAUAGUGUAAAAUCUUGGUUUGGAAAUUGCGGUAAAGAUCUGAAUGCUCUGAAGAAAAUUGUUCUAAAAAGUAUUGGAAUGAGCUAGCCAAGAACGGUUAUUGCACAUAUGUCAUAUUGACAAAUUUCAAUACUAUGGCUUCAAAUAAAGAAAAAUAAAAUAAAACGAUAG